AAAGUUACUCCCGAUAAGUGUGGCGCGGUCCUGAAUACCGAAAAGGCAUCUUCUGCUGUCAGAGCCGUUGUCUUGUGUAGAUUUGUUAGAUGGCACACAUCUGAUGCAGAGCCAUAUCUUCUGCGACCUCUUGCGCGCACGCACGCACGCACGCAGGUGGCCUUCGGGUGCAUUGUGGACGGCGGAGCGACACUGACGUCAGAUAGCAGUGUCGGUCGCUUUUGUCGGGGUCCGUGUCCAUCUGCUUAUAAGUGAGCAGUCUACCAGGACAGCAGUCACACAUCCACCCCAGGAGGACAUACCGGCUCAUCCAAAACCAGCAACGAUGCCUCACUCCUUGUUCCCCCUGUGCGUCCUGGGACUGCUCGCCAUCUCAUCCGCCUGUUACAUCCAGAACUGCCCCCGAGGAGGGAAACGAGCGCUCCCGGAGACCGGGAUCAGACAGUGCAUGUCGUGUGGCCCCGGAGACAGGGGCCAUUGCUUCGGCCCCAGUAUCUGCUGCGGUGAGGGCCUCGGCUGCCUGCUGGGCUCCGCGGAAACGGCUCACUGCGUGGAGGAGAACUACCUGCUCACCCCCUGCCAGGCAGGAGGGAGACCCUGUGGAUCUGAGGGAGGACGCUGCGCUGCUUCAGGAAUCUGCUGUAACUCAGAGAGCUGUGCGGUGGACCCUGACUGCCUGGGGGAGAUCGAGGCCUCAGAUCCGGCCCGUGGCUCUGCAGGGAGCUCUGCCGCCGAGUUGCUGCUGCGCCUUCUGCAUGUGGCCACCAGAGGACAGACUGAGCACUGAUACUGAUACUGAUACCUCAGCUUCUCGGGGCCCUGCAACAGAAGGAAGAUUUCCCCUGUUCCACCACAAGCCUUGAGAUUUGAACCUUGAACCAAUAAUGUGCCAAAUCAAACUUUGUUCUCUCUUAACCCCCGCUGCCAUGAUAUUUAUGUAUCUGUAAAGACGGCCACAGACAGAGAACUAUCUUUCACUUCAGUAAUUGGCUAUUUACAUCCACAGAGAGGGACUUUGCUCAUGAAAAGUAGAUUUCAUGUUUGUUCCAACCUUAGAAAUGUAUAUACUAAUGCACAUAAUGUAAACACAACUGUAUUCUACAUGAGGAGAUAAGACACAGCUCCAUUUCAAAUCAGAAUUAUAGCAGAAAACACUGUAAAUAAGUCAGAGAUCAGAUAUUAAAGACAUCCACAUUAAACAGUUAAAUGACGAUG